AUGACGCCGAACACAAGAACAGUGGUGAAUGCUGCAUCAGGAGGGUCCUUGAAGACAAAAACUCCAGAGGAAGCCUUGGAAUUACUAGAGUCUCUAGCCUCUCAGGAGUAUGAUAAUGCUCCCGCACCACAGAGAAGAGCGGGGAUUAUGAAGCUUGAUGGCUAUGAUGCCAUCUUGGCCCAGAAUGAUCAGAUCCUACAGUCUAAUAAGAAACAGCAACAACAAUUAGAUGCUCUCACAAAGCAAUUUUCUGAUUUUCAAGUUUCUUCUAAUACUUCAGUAGCUUAUGUUAAUACUUCUUCUAUUGUUUGUGAUAUUUGCGCAGGUGCUCAUACUACUGAUGACUGCAAGGCACCCGAAACUGCAGAUGUUAAUGGAAUUUGGCAUGAUCAGAAAGUUCCAUAUAAUCCAGGGAGGAACCAAUACGGCAAUAACCAGAAUCAAGGGUGGAGACAUAAAAACCAAAAUCAACACCCGAGAUUCAGUUAUAGUUCGAAUCAUCAGCUGAAUCCUCCUAUGCCAGUACCACAGCAACCUCCACAACAAUCAGAGUGGGAGAAGGCCUUUGCACAACUAUCCAAGACCACAUCAGACUACGUUCAAAGUACCAAUGCGUUCAGGGAAGACACUUCAACCUUUAUGCAAGAGACCAGGGCCUCAUUCCGGAAUCAAGAAGCCUCUAUCCGGAAUCUUGAAACUCAGAUUGGUCAAUUGUCAAGGCAGUUCAACGAAAGAACCCAAGGCACCUUCCCGAGUAAUACAGAUGUUAAUCCAAACGCACACUGCAAGGCCAUUACCACUAGAACUGGCAUUGUAAUUGAACCUGUGAUUAAGCCUUCAGUAGAGAAAAAGAAAGCUGAGGGACCUGCCAUUGAAGAAGAAAAAGAGAAGGAAGUUGACAAAGAGCCUGCUGCAGAGAAAGCUGUUCCUGAGAAGAAAGAGUUCAAAUGGGAGAAAAAGAAAGCUCAAGAAAGACAAGAAAAGCCAUUGGAGCUCUCACCUUAUGCAAAAAUUCCGUAUCCGCAGAGGUUCAGAGAGGAAAUAAAAAAGCAGCAGUAUUCGAAGUUCCUUGACAUCUUCAAAAAGCUACAAAUCAAUAUUCCAUUUGCUGAAGCCUUGGAGAACAUGCCGAAUUACGCAAAGUUCAUGAAAGAUCUUUUAUCGAAGAAACGUAAACUGAAAGAAUGUGAAACAGUGACGUUGACGGAAGAGUGUAGUAAUGAUGUGAAGCCAGUCAGACAACCACAGAGAAGAUUGAAUCCAACUAUGAAGGAAGUUGUGAGAAAAGAAGUCGUGAAGCUCUUGGAUGCUGGUAUGAUCUAUCCAAUUUCUGAUAGUGCAUGGGUGAGUCUGGUACAAAAAGUUCCAAAGAAAGGUGGGAUCACAGUGGUACGUAAUGAAAACAAUGAGUUGAUUCCUACAAGAACUAUUACCGGCUGGAGAAUGUGCGUCGACUACAGGAGACUUAAUGCCGCUACAAGAAAAGAUCAUUUCCCUCUACCAUUCUUAGAUCAAAUGUUGGAGAGGCUAGCGGGACAUUCAUUUUAUUGUUUCCUUGACGGCUAUUCCGGAUACAAUCAGAUAGCGGUUGCUCCAGAAGAUCAAGAGAAGACAGCCUUCACCUGUCCCUACGGUGUGUUUGCCUACAGACGUAUGCCCUUCGGGUUAUGCAAUGCACCCGCCACUUUUCAGAGGUGUAUGCUAUCCAUAUUCUCUGAUAUGAUUGAAAAUUUUAUUGAAAUAUUUAUGGAUGAUUUUUCUGUCUUCGGUUCAUCUUUUGAUGUUUGCCUCACUAACUUAGCUUGUGUUUUGCAGAGAUGCCAAGAGAGUAAUUUAGUACUCAACUGGGAAAAAUGCCACUUUAUGGUAAGAGAUGGAAUAGUCUUAGGCCAUAAAAUCUCUGAGAAGGGAAUUGAAGUUGAUAGAGCAAAGAUCUCACUUAUAGAAAAACUUCCCCCUCCCUCUAAUGUGCGUGGUGUGCGUAGUUUUCUUGGACAUGCAGGUUUCUAUCGGCGUUUCAUCAGAGAUUUCUCAAAGAUAGCCAAACCCCUCUGCAAAUUAUUGGCCAAAGAAGAAGAGUUCAACUUUGACAAUGAUUGUUUGAUUUCUUUUAAUCUUUUGAAAGAAAAAUUGACUACCGCACCUAUUAUCACUUCACCGAAUUUUGAAUUACCUUUUGAAUUAAUGUGUGAUGCUAGUGAUUAUGCUAUAGGUGCAGUCUUAGGUCAAAGAAAAGAUAAACUCUUGCAUGUUAUAUAUUAUGCUAGUAAAAUUCUAAAUGAAGCACAAUUAAAUUACACUACUACUGAGAAAGAAUUACUAGCUGUUAUAUAUGCUUUUGAUAAAUUUAGAACCUAUUUGCUAGGAUCUAAAGUUAUUGUGUAUACUGACCAUGCUGCCUUGAAAUACUUAUUGACUAAACAGGAUGCUAAGCCGAGACUACUUAGGUGGAUGCUUCUACUUCAAGAAUUUGAGAUAGAAAUCAGAGACAAGAAAGGAGUAGAGAACCGGGUAGCUGAUCAUCUCUCUAGACUUCAAGAGAAAGAACUUCAAGAUAGUUCAGAAUUGAUAAUCCGAGAUGAGUUUCCAGAUGAGCAAGUUCUCUCAGUCAGCACACUGCCAUGGUUUAUGAAUGAGCAAGCUCUUGCAGUAGACACCGCACCAUGGUUUGCAGACUUUGCAAAUUUCAAAGCAGCUGGGACAAUUCCUAAAGAUUUUUCAUGGCAACAACGGAAAAAGUUUCUCCGCGAUGUGAAAAGAUACUUGUGGGAUGAACCAUUCCUAUUCUACACAUGUUCUGACGGAGUCAUUAGAAGAUGCAUCCCUGAAGAAGAAACCAGUGGGCAAGUGGAAAUAUCAAACCGGGAACUAAAGCGUAUCCUUGAGAAAACAGUAGGAAGCUCCCGGAAAGAUUGGGCCCGCAAGCUAGAUGAUGCACUAUGGGCAUACCGGACCGCUUUCAAGACACCCAUUGGCAUGUCUCCGUUUCAAAUGUUGUUCGGGAAAGCUUGUCACUUGCCGGUAGAGAUGGAACACAAGGCUUUGUGGGCUGUCAAGUUCUUAAACUUUGAUACAAAAGCGGCAAGUGAAAAGAGGUUGUUACAACUGGAUGAGUUAGACGAAUUCAGAUUAUCAGCGUAUGAAAGUGCCAGCCUCUACAAAGAGAAAACCAAGAAGUGGCAUGACAGAAAAAUAUUGGGCAGAGACUUCAAGGUUGGACAACAAGUUCUGCUGUUUAAUUCACGGUUGAGACUCUUUCCGGGAAAGCUCAAGUCUAGAUGGUCAGGACCGUUUCUGGUGAAAGAAAUACGUCCUUAUGGUACAGUGGAAAUCAGUCCACUGGAUUCUGACAGAAGCUUCAAGGUGAAUGGACAACGAUUGAAACCAUACCUUGGAGGAGAAAUUGACAGAGGAACGGCUACCGUUGCUCUUGCAGAAACGUAA